AUGUCCCUUCAACAACUACCUGAUCCCCUCGUUGCUCAAUUGCGGUCGAAUCUGAACAUUACCUCACUCGCCUGCGCCUUGAGAGAACUGGUACAAAACGCGCUAGAUGCGGGCGCCACUCGGAUCGAUUGCUGGGUUGAUCCUGCUACCUGGUCCGUGAAGGUCUCUGACAACGGAACGGGAAUCUCUCGACACGACUUGGAACGAGUCGGAGUGAGAUAUGCGACCAGUAAAGCACGCGGAAAGAGUGAAUUGGUCCCCGCAAACACCUUUGGCUUUCGCGGAGAAGGUUCAUCUCCCCAUAUCUCGUCGUCUCAGCGAAUCUUCGACCCUGACCCGAGUUUGUCAUGCGUUUGUAGCUAUUGCAUCCUUACAACAGAUCGCAGAGGUAGAAAUCGUUUCGCGACCGUCUGA